CGCAUUGAAUUCUCCGUGGCAGGGCGGAAGCACAACCAGAGAAUCGGAGAAUCUUCAUAACUUUUGUGAAUGAAUCAAGAAAAAGUAUCUGGGAACGUCAGAGAGUAAUGAUGGAAAUCGUGCGCUGUGACACACACAGGACCACUUGUCUCCUGAAAACGGGCGUGAGAGAUGGGCCAAACAAGGGGAAGUCUUUCUAUGUCUGCGCUGCUCGCCAAGAUACCCCCUGCAAUUUCACCCUCUCAGCAGACAUUCCUCCCUCUCAUUGUUUACACCAUGAAGAAGCUGUAGUUGAACUCCAAGCACUAAUUAAGUCCGUUGACAAACAUCAGCACUACAGGUUGUUCUUCCGCUGUGCAGUGGGGAAGAAAGAAGGCCAGAAGUGGUGUGGGAAUAUUCCCUGGAAUCACAAAGACUCACAGAAAAGGAGUCCCCUGACAGACAAGCACCUGCAGCCCUCCAGCCUGCUGCCCCCCGUCAGGAACCCCUUCAAGGCCCCCCAGAAAUCAGACGAGGCGUCCGAUUGGAGGAAGAUGCAGGACGGACAGGAUAAAGAGGCUGAAGGGAAGAGUCCUGAGCAGGAGAACCGAGCCAGGGAGCAGAGAAAAGAUGGAGAACAUCGGCACCACAGUAGCAGUAGCAGCAGUAGACCUGGAGGAGAAAGGGUUGGUGGUGAAGUGAAGGAGAGUGGAGAGGUGGUGGAGAAAGAGAGGAGCAGCAGCAGCAGUAGUAGUAGAGACAAGGUUGGAGAUGAAGCGAAAGAGCGUGGAAGAGUGACUGAGAAAGAGAGGAGCAGCAGCAGCAGUGGUGGUCAGGAGACGUGGAGGAGUAAGCCUCUGCCCACUGGGAUGAAGAUAAAGAAGAGGGUCUCCGGAGAGGAGGAGGAGAAGAGGAAGAGUGACGGUAAAAGAGAGGAAGAGGAGGAGGCGGCAGGCCAGGAGAGAAGUGAAGCUGAGCCGUCUAAAGGCAGAAGCACUUCAGAGAGGAAAGAGUCAGAUGGAGCACUCAGCCCAACUUCCAAAUCUGACACCACAGAGAAGAUACCUGCAGCUAAACAUGCAUCUGAAUCUAAACCUGCAGUUAAACACGACUCGAGCCCAAAAAAAGACAAGGAGAAGAAACGUCACUCUGCCAAGUCGGACAGUAAAGCCCGGACGCGUGUCAGCUCCAACAACACGGACACUGAAGCACCCAGGCAUCAUCACUCAGCCAACACCACGAACAACUCCAACCCCUCCGAGGUGGAAAAGACUCAUAAGUCCUCUGCCGCUGCUGGGAAACCAGAGGUCUCGACCACCUCCAUCCCUGCCGCAGUAGACCAGGGCAAUAGGACCAGCUCGGGAGCAGCAGGAAAGGUGACUAAAGACUCUGACAAGAAGACCUCACAGGUCAGGGACCAGCCUCAGAGGAGAAGCCCCGUGGAAUUGAGUGAUGAUGACGAGGAAGACGACGACGACGAUGAUGAGGGUAAUAAAACUGAUGAAGAUGAUGAUGAUGAUGAUGUGCAGGUGGUUUCAGUGCAGCCUGCCCCGGCCAGGAAGAGCUCUCCUGUCCUGGUGACCACAGUCCAGAAGACCUUGACCUCCUACCCCGGCUUCCUGCCCUCCUCCUCGCAGCUGAAGGGGGCGCCGCAGGAGAAGGACCCCCGGGCCCUGCACUGCCAGCUCACCGCACAGCUCAAACAGAAGAAGGCCACCCUGUCCAUGGUGAACGUGUCCGCUCUGCCUGAUAAGGGCCAGAGGCUGAGGAGUCAGGUGCAGGAGCUGGAGGAUGCACUGGAGUCGCUCAGUCUCUCUCCUCUCCCACCGCCCGAGUCUCAGGGCGAAGUGACUGAGGGGCAGAAGGCGUCCCCUGUGCCCAGCCCCUCCAACCCCUUCAGCAGGCCUGGGGGCACCAUGAUGCUCCCCAACGCCCCCGCCCCCUUCCAGGCCCCCCAGGCCACCGGCUCCCCGGGGCUCGGCUACCCCCUCAGCCAGGGAUACACACAGAUGUAUGGAGUGGACCCCCAGAGCCAGGCGUUCUACGGCGGCAGGAUGACGGAGAGCCGCAUGGUGGCCAUCCGCAACGCCACCACGGAGACCAUCGAUCAUCUGCACAAGUCCCUGGAGACCUGCCCCGGCCCAGACACACAGGCCAAGGACCCCAAAGGCAUCAAGGUGGACCUUCUUCCCCAUCAGAAGAGAGCCCUGGCCUGGCUGCUGUGGAGGGAGGACCAGAAGCCCUGCGGAGGAAUUCUGGCGGAUGACAUGGGUCUGGGUAAGACCCUCACCAUGAUCGCCCUCAUCCUGGCCCAGAAGAAGCCAUCAGAGGAGAAGGACCUCAAACUGGAGGGGUGGAUCUCCAAACACGACUCGUCUGUGGUGGCGUCUCAGGGCACUCUGAUCAUCUGUCCGGCCUCAUUGGUGCACCACUGGAAGAAGGAGGUGGAGCGUCACGUCAAGAGCGGCCGCCUCACUGUCUACCUCUACCACGGCCCAAACCGCCACAAGAACGCCAAAGUGCUGGCUGAGUAUGAUAUCGUGGUGACGACCUACAGCCUGGUCUCCAAGGAGAUUCCGGUGCAGAAAGGGGAGGGUGAUAGGCCCAGCCAGGAUGCAGAGCCAGUGGGAGCCAACCUGCCUCCUCUGCUGCGCGUGGCGUGGGCCCGCGUGGUUCUGGACGAGGCCCACAACAUCAAGAACCCCAAGGUGCAGACCUCCAUGGCUGUGUGCAAGCUGAGGGCCCGGGCCCGCUGGGCCGUCACCGGAACCCCCAUCCAGAACAACCUGCUGGACAUGUACUCCCUGCUCAAGUUCCUGAGGUGCGCUCCCUUUGAUGAGUAUAAGCUGUGGAAGGCCCAGGUAGACAACGGCUCCAGGAGGGGCGGGGAGAGACUGAACAUCCUCACUCAGACACUGCUGCUGAGACGCACCAAAGACCAGCAGGACUCCUCUGGCAAACCACUGGUGGCUCUACCUGACCGUAGCUGUGAGGUGCACCGUGUGAAGCUGUCCGAGGACGAGCAGUCUGUCUAUGACGUCGUGUUUGCCCGCUCCAAGUCUACCCUGCAGUCCUACCUGAGGAGGCAUGAGGGGAAGGAUGGCCCCAAGGGGGACAGCAGCAGCAACCCCUUUGACAAAGUGGCGAGCGAGUUUGGCAUGUCCCAGCAGGGGGCGCCAUUGUCCUCUUCUCAGCAGGAUCAGCAGUCCUCUUCUCAGGCCUCCAGCACUGUUCACAUCCUCUCCCUGCUGCUCAGGCUGCGGCAGUCCUGCUGCCACCUCUCACUGCUCAAGAAGACUCUGGACCAAUCGGAGCUGCAGGGUGACGGCAUCGCCCUAUCGCUGGAGGAGCAGCUGAACGCCCUGUGCCUGUCGGAGUCGUCCCAGCCCAGCGAGGACCUCAAGGACACCGUCUGCCUCAACGGCUCUCGCUUCCGCGCCGAGAUCUUCGAGGAGGCCCGCGGCAGCACCAAGUUGUCUGCUGUCCUGACCGAGCUCAAGGAGAUCAGGAGCAAAAACCAGAAAAGUGUGAUCGUGUCUCAGUGGACGAGCAUGCUGCGUAUCGUGGCCGUACACCUGAAGGAGAUGGGCCUGAGUUUCGCCGUCAUCGACGGGACGGUCAACAUCAAGCACCGCAUGGACCUGGUGGAGGAGUUCAACACCAACCCCAAGGGACCGCAGGUGAUGUUGGUGUCGCUGUGUGCUGGAGGUGUAGGCUUGAACCUGAUUGGUGGGAAUCACCUGUUCCUCAUGGACAUGCACUGGAACCCUGCUUUAGAGGACCAGGCUUGUGAUCGCAUCUACAGAGUGGGCCAACACCGCGACGUCACCAUACACAAGUUCAUAUGCGAGGGCACAGUGGAGGACAAGAUCUCCUCUCUCCAGGAGAGGAAGAAGGAACUGGCCCAGAGGGUGCUGACGGGAACCGGCUCCUCCUCCUUCACCAAGCUCUCCCUGGCCGACCUCAGGGUCAUCUUCGGGGUGUAGGAGGGCGGGCUUCAGGAGGACAGUGAAGUACUGUACCAGAGAUUCUUUAAGUACAUAGAGAUAUGCCAUUGUAAUAGGUUGCUAUGGGCACCUAACAUGACCAGGUUCCGGUCUGCCUAAAGGGGCGUGUCAUAAUACUCCUAGCAUUGAAUAGAACAGUCCUUUGGUCUGCCUAAAGGGGGAUCUCUCCCCCCCCCCUUGCAAUAAUGGAACCCGGAAACAAUGGGCCAAUGGAACCUCUCUCUCUCUACUCUCUCAGCACUCUCUACUAUACAGCACUAUGUGGCGCUUAGCCAAAUUGAACGUUUCUCAGCACGUUUCUGAACCCCUUCAUGAAUUUAAAGGGGGUCAGAUGACAUUGUUUUGCCUUUUUGGGGAUGACUUGAAAAUACUGUAUUUAUAAACUCGUCAUGAUUAUUGAAGUAGGUUUGCUACAAAGUGAUGAAGUGCUGCUGCCAUUAUGCAAGUUCAACACUAUGAAGGACUGAAUUAUUUUGUAUUACGGAAGUGCUGCUUUAUGCAUGGCCUUAAAACGGUGCCUUCAAGGAAUUACUUGAAUGAUACUGAACACCAACAGUGGUUUAAUAAGUGGCUGUUCGAAAUUAUUGAUGGUAUGCCUAUUUUUAUUAAAGCAACCAUUGAUGUCAGCACAAUAUUACACACAAAGUUAGAGAGAUCAUUCAUCAUGUUUCAAUAAUACAGCAGUGGAAUCACACAGACUUGGUCAACCAUUGAUUGUGUUUGUUGUUAGUCUUGUUAAGCUUUUUUUUGAUAAUUCAACAUUGCUAUAUUUUCACAUUGCCCUUGUUUUAUGUGAUUAAGUGAGUGGCAUGUCCCCUAAUUUUUAAGAACACCACAUUCAAAGACUGUCACUAUUACUGGCCUCGUUUGUUGUGAUAUUUUUCUUGUUUUAGGCAUUUUUGGAGGAAUUGUUUUACACGAGAUGGCUCGACAGCAUGACUUUCUAAGUUAAGAAUUCACAGCACUUUACAAUGCUGUCGGAUUGCUCUUUUUAUGUUUGUUGUGUUACUGUUUUGUCCUUUUUGUGUGUGUGUGUGCUUGUCAAAUUGUCAAGUGACGUCCCUUUUGCUUCUGUUUGAUUCUUAAUAAAAGUUCUUCA